AUGAGUAUUGAUCAACCUGAGAAUGUUAAUUCAACGUCUCUAGAUCAAGUAGAUGGUGUAUUCAACGGUGUAGAAUAUGAUUCAUCUCCUAUAAUACGAACACCUCCAGAGUAUCCUGAGGCUAUACUACAACAAACCGAUAAAGCCAAUCGAUUGUAUUCAUCAUUCCAAAGUCAUAAUAAGCAAUUCGUCACAUCAAAUAAGAGUUCAAGUAACUUGAUGGUGCGAUGGAAUGAUUCAUUUAUAGAUUCUACUCAACGAUUAAUUGUUGAUUCUUGGACAGGUGCAGAUCAAAAGGGUAUGCAAAAGACCAGUAAAACCAUAUCAAAAGCCAAUUCAUUGUUUUCUUGGUCAUCGACAGAUGCAUAUAUAGCUGAGAGGAAAAGACAAUUAAAGUUAUCUCGUUCCCUUAAACUGAAGAGCAAUGACAAUAAGACUGAUGAAGUUAACCAUCUUAAAGUAGAAAAAGAAUCGGAAGAAACAUCUGAAGAUGUAAAGAGGAAAAAGGAGUUAAAGAAACUACAUAUUAAAGUUCUGAGUACAUCAACUACUAAUAAAUUAAGUAGAAUAGUUGAAAAUGAGUCAAAUAAAUUCAUUCAUGCUCGAAUACAGAUGAUAAAGGCUCAUCAUAGUGAACAAAUAAAUCAAGAAAUUCAUGAUAGAAAGAAGAGAGACCACGAAACUUAUUUGAGGAAAUUGAAAAUGAAAGAGGCUGAAUAUGAAAGAGAAUUACUAGAAGCUACCUUGAAUAGAGAGAAACAUAGUUUCUUCAGUACAUUAUUUGGAUUCAACGCAACUACAUCAAAGGGUGACUCUGAUGCUCAACUGAGAACAUCAAUAGAUAGUGAAACCAGUGUGGCUACUUCAACUAAUCAAACAAGCGUUAAUUCCAAAAACAAACGAUUCUCAUUUUUGCCAGUAGUAUCAAUAUGGGGUCUGCAAGGUUCGUCAAAUGGUAAAAUAAGAAGCAAUGAUUCAUUAACAGUAAAGAAAGAGAGUAAGCCAGAUCAUAUUCCAGGGUCAAAUGGAGGUUCACCCUCACGUCCCACAACCCCUAAAAUUGUUAUAAGUGAAGCAGGUGCACCAGAUGCGGUUGAGUCUACCCCACAAACCCAAGUUGAUGAGGUUCUUUUUGAGGAUGAAGAAGGUCUGGAAGAUGAGGAAUUUUCUGAAUUUGCAUCUACUCCACCUCCCACUAAUUCAAGGUUGGCCUCUCCAGUGAAACAAGAUUCGCCAAAGUCAGGGCAGAGUCCGAAUAGUUAUAAAUUUAUGAGCAUUGAUGAUACCAUCACGGCUCCCACUAGCAAAAUUAAUACAGAUCUUGUCGAUUUUUUUGAUUCCACCUCUGUUAAAAAGCAAAAUACUACUAAUAAUGAUAUUAACGACGACAAUUUAGUUAAUUUAUAG